AAAAGCUGCGUCCUGUCUACAGCUGAAGCUCAGUGGAGUGACUAUAUACCGAACUGAGAGGAGCAUACAGACUGACCUGAGUGCAUCCGGACAGAUUGAGGUGGAAGAGAUUGUGGCAGCCCUUCCCUGUGGUCAGGGCUCAGGAUGCGUGUGACCUCCUCACUACUCUUAGCCUCCCUGCUCCUCCUCCUCCUGCUCCCGUCCAUUGAGAUGAAAAGACCAGGGAAGGGCAGAGGCCUCAGAGGAGCAAGACACAAACUCAGAAGGGACAGGGUAAAGGGUGUUGGGCGUCACAGCAGAUCGGGUCCCUCCAAGAUUGCAGCACCUGACUGCUCAGAGUUCACAGAAUCUCGAGACAUCUAUGUGGACUGCCAGGAACGACGCCUCACUUCCAUUCCCACCUCACAGACCUGGUCUAAACCACCCAAGCACCUCCUUCUAACCCGCAACCGGAUCAAAGUCCUUCGUGAAGGGGCCUUCUUUGGAUAUGAGAGUUUAAUCAGUCUGGACCUGCAACAGAAUCAGAUCUCUUUAGUGGAGGAAGGGGCCUUCGAGGGUCUGACCCACCUUACAACCCUGCUGCUGCAGCACAACCGCCUGACGACGCUUAGUGAGGAGACCCUCAUCCCCAUGCCAAACCUUGGCUACCUUCGCCUAUAUGAUAAUCCAUGGAAUUGCCUCUGCCAUAUGGACAGUCUCAUACGCACCCUUCAGGUCCCGAGCAACCGUAAUCUAGGAAAUCAUGCCAGGUGUGCAGAGCCCAUCAGGUUAAAAGGCAUGAAGUUGAAGCUGGUUGACCCCGAGAUACUCUGUAAGGAGACAGACCCAAUCGACGAGUCACAGGGCGACGGAACAGAACCCAUAUUCCCUUUAGAGCCCGUUCCAAUUCGCACCAAACCAGACGCCACCACAACUUGCCAUACCUACCUUUUCCCCCAAAUACGGAUGGACUGCAGUAAACGAGGUCUAACUGAGGUGCCCACGGGUAUUCCAGAGGAUGUUGUUCACAUUGAUUUGUCCUAUAAUUCAAUCAGUCAUCUCAAACCCAGAGACUUCCUCGGAGCAAAGAGCCUAAGAACCCUAAACAUCAGUAAUAACAACAUGGAACACAUGGACACAGCUUCUCUGUCUGGGCUCCUGCACCUUCUUGCGCUUGAUCUGUCCGACAACAAGCUGCACUCUGUCCAGUACGGGGUUCUUGAAGACCUUUACUUCCUUUCAGUGCUAAAACUGGAGGGAAACCCCUGGGUGUGUGACUAUAGCAUUCAUUACAUGGUGUACUGGCUGCGUCUGCACCCAGGAGUGAAGCACUCUGGCCUGCUAUGUCACGCCCCUCUUGAACACGUUGGGGAAAGUGUGGAGGAGUAUGUGCAUUCCUAUAACAGAGAGUGCCCAAAGGACAGACAGCGCAGUAGAACAGAUCCAGAUGAAACGGACCCUGAACUAUGGAACACACCAAUGGAAGUGCAGGGAGAGCUGGAGGAGGAGCUCGAGCCCAGCCACUUGAGAGUACCACAGAAAUACCAAAUCAUCAGGCUGUCCUGACUCAAGUAAACACAUUUGUCCUAAAAUUUUACUUUGUUUUCUUUCGUUCAAUGUUACCAAACAGUCUGUAUCAGAUGGAGAAACUACAUUUUUCAGUGUUUUUCUUUUAUGUGUUGUCAGUUUUGUCUUCAAAAUAUAAAGAAAUAUCAAGUUUUUGA